AAAAUUUAAAGCCAUAGCAGCAGCAAGCUCAUUAAAGGUGUCUCCUCCUCACUCUGGCAACAGGUAGGCGACGAGAUUUUUAGUGGACCGCUCGCUCUGGUCCAUUCCAGCCAGGCCGUCAAAGGGUGAGCAACGACGAUGACUUCAAAGGAGGAAUUCAAGUAUCUGAGUGGAUUCGGCAACGAGUUCGCUACUGAGGAUCCGCGCUGUCCCGGCGCCCUCCCCGUCGGACAGAACAACCCCCAGAAGUGUCCUUACGGCUUGUACGCUGAGCAGUUGUCUGGAACGGCAUUCACAGUUCCGAGGCACGAGAACAAGCGCUCGUGGCUGUACAGAAUUAGACCGUCAGUGAUCCACAAACCAUUUGUGCCACUGAACGUUGCGCAAUAUUUUACGCACAACUGGAACGAAAAUGAGCCCAACCCAAACCAGAUGCGGUGGAAACCCUACGACAUUCCCUCGGGCGACAAUGUUGUUGACUUCGUGCAAGGCUUGCACACCGUCUGCGGAGCAGGCGACCCGAAAGCGAGGAACGGCAUCGCGAUUCACGUCUAUUUGUGCAACACGUCGAUGAUCAACUCAUGCUUCUACAAUUCUGACGGCAACUUUUUAUUCGUGCCCCAGCAAGGUCGUCUCAAAAUUACAUCAGAAUUCGGCAAAUUAACCGUGGACCCGAAUGAAAUCUGCGUGAUUCAGCAAGGAAUUCGGUUUUCCAUUGAGGUCGAGGGACCAACUCGUGGUUACAUUCUCGAGGUUUUCGAUGCCCACUUCCAGUUGCCUUAUCUUGGACCCAUUGGUGCAAAUGGUCUGGCCAAUCCAAGAGAUUUCCUGACUCCGGUUGCCUGGUUCGAGGACCGAGACGUGCCUGAGGGUUUCAGGGUGGUGACCAAAUUCCAGGGCAAGCUCUUCGAGGCCAAACAGCUGCACAGCCCCUUUGACGUGGUCGCUUGGCACGGCAACUACGCUCCGUACAAGUACAAUCUUGAAUAUUUCAUGGUCAUCAAUGCAACUCAAUUCGACCAUGCUGAUCCGUCAAUUUUUACGGUGCUGACAUGCCCGUCUAACAAGCCUGGAGUGGCAAUUGCUGACUUUGUCAUUUUUCCCCCAAGAUGGGCAGUUCAGGAUCACACAUUCCGGCCACCGUACUAUCACCGAAAUUGCAUGAGUGAGUUCAUGGGGCUAAUCAAAGGAAAUUACGAGGCUAAAGAGGACGGAUUCGCUCCUGGAGGCGCUUCCCUGCACUCAAUCAUGACUCCCCACGGUCCCGACUACAAGUGCUUCGAAGGGGCUUCCAAUGGCGAAUUGAAGCCCGUUCGAGUUGCUGAUGGCACUCAGGCCUUCAUGUUCGAGACGUCCUUGAGUCUAGCUGUCACAAAGUGGGGAGAGGAGACCUGUCAAAAGCUGGACCACACUUAUUACGAGUGCUGGCAGCCGCUGAAGAAGCAUUUUAAUCCUAACUGGAAGCCCGAGUAAUAUAACAAAGCUUGCAAUUUGUACUCAUUGGUGAAAGGUGAUAUUAUUACAUUGUUUUUACUGAAUAAAAGUCGGAGGUUUUUAAUCAUUAACAAAA